UAUUGUUGUCGUCGGAAAAAAAUGAAUUACUUGGAAUACUAAUAAAUCGUAUUUUAAAUAAUGAAGACUUACAUGAUCAUACUGUUCUUUGAAACAAACCUAAUGAAUGAAUCAAAAAACAUAGAUAUAAAUAUUCGAAGUUACGAUGUUCGAAGAAAAUAAAAAAUUGUGAUUGUAUUAUCAAUAUCUCUUCCUCCAAGUAAGAAAUAUAUUUUCCAAUUAAUAUAAAGACAUUAUAGAUCGUUAGAAGCAUAUAUAUAUAUAUAUCAUAGUACGUUUGAAAUAGAUAGAUGGUAAAUUGAUGGUAAGAUAUAUACGUGUCACACGUAUUUUAUCAAACUAAUACUCUGGCAUAAGUUUGAUUUUAUCUAUAUAAAAGAUUGUCUUCUGUCUCAUGACAUAAUCAAAGAUUAAAAAUUUAUAAUUAAAACUCAUUCGUUCUCUCUUCGUACGGCUAGAACAAUGUACGUAUGUAUGUAUGUAUAUCGAAUGAAAGAAUUCUAUUACACACUAGUAAUUAUCUUACAUUGCAUGAUAAUAAUAGUCGUACGAGAAAUCAACUUGACAUAAAUCAUUCGUCAUACUCAUAACAUGGUCAUCCUGAAUAUUUUAUAAGAAUAUUACCGGUAAGUAUAUACAAAGGGUUACUUCCCUUCGAUUUUUCAAUGAAUAUCAUUCAAUCUGUUUUAACGUACCCUCAACGAUAUGGAUAUCUUCGAAAAACGUUUCUAUAAACUUAAUUAUCGUCUUUUAUCCUUCCUUGGUUUGUGGCCCUACGAAAAAUCUCGUUUAAGUCGUGUUUGUAUAAUACAUGUCAUAAUAUUAUCGAUCAAUAUGACACAGGUAACUUUUGAUCCAUCUAAUAAAAUACUUAAAUUAUGUACCUCUGAAGGAAAUUUCGAUGUCAUGAAAGAAGUUAUACCUGUUUGGGCUACAUCAUUAAAUGUCGUCAUUAAGUAUUAUACUUUUGAUCUCAGUGUACUUGAUAUAAUAAAGUUGUAUGACAACUCAGUAGAAACAGUUAAAUUUAUUGCAUUUUUCAUUGGCGAAUUAUUUCAUUUAUUUGUUGCCAGUUUAUCCGGGCAAACUAUAAUAGACUACAGCAGUGAAGUUUAUUUCAAGGCUUAUAGUGGCUUCUGGUAUGAGUCGCCUAUGGAAGUACGUAAAUUAUUGAUAUUGAUAAUGAGAAGAAGUCUUGAACCUUCUCGGCUGACCGCUGGUGACAUAUUUAUCUACUGUCUGGAUGGUUUUGCAACGCUUCUUAAACUGUACACUUCUAAUGGAAACUUUGAUAUCAUGAAAGAAGUUAUACCUAUUUGGGCUACAUCGUUUAAUGUCGUCAUUAAGUAUUAUCUUUUUGAUCUCUAUAUACUCGACAUUAAAUUGCUUAUGGAUAAUAUGAUAAUUGAUUGGAAUAUGUGGAAGUCCAAGGAAGAGAUUGACAUUAUGAAAAAGUUUGCUCAUUCAGGAAGAAUGUAUACUUUAGGAUAUACAAGUAGGAUUCCAAAAUUGGUUUAUUUUAUGCUGAAAAACAAAAAACAAAAACAAAUAAAAAAAAAAGAAAAAAGACAAAAAGAAAAACAAAAUUUUCUGUCAUUUCUUUUUCUAGUAUAUAUAUACGUUUUCAUGUUCUUAUUUCUAUUGGUAACAUUUGUACCACCCUUAAUGGACAUAAUUAUACCUUUAAACGAGAGUCGUCGUUUAGAAUUACCUGUACUCGCUGAAUAUUGCGUUGACGAACAGAAACAUUUUUAUUUGAUUUAUUUUCACAUGGUUGUUUCCAUAAUGAUUAUUAUAACAAUUUUAAUUGCAAUUGAUACUCAACUUAUGGUUUUUUGUUGUCACGUAAGUGGUGCGUUUGCGGUCGUCAGUUUUCGUUUGGAACACUUCUUAAAGAACGACGCGACAUUGGAUGGAUUAUCUGAUCUUCAAAGAAAAGAAAGUUACAGACAUGUUUCUCUAUCUAUCAAAGGACACAAAAGAGCUUUAGAGUUAGUAUUACAAAAGAAAGAAAUUAUAAAACUGUUGUACGGUAAAUCAAUAAAAGCAGUUAAAUAUAUUGCAUUAGUAAUUGGCGAAUUAUUUCAUUUAUUUGUUGCCAGUUUAUCCGGGCAAACUAUAAUAGAUUACAGCAGUGAAGUUUAUUUCAAAGCUUAUAGUGGCCUCUGGUAUGAGGCUCCUAUAGAAAUACGUAAACUACUGAUAUUGAUAAUGAGAAGGAGCUUUAAACCUUCUCAGUUAUCAGCUGGAAAAAUAUUUGUCUACUGUCUGGAUGGUUUUUCAACGGUAAAUUAAAUUAAAAAUUACAGAUUUAUACAUUCAUAUGAUUUUUCUAAUUGAUCUCAAAAUUUCUUCAAGAUCGUGCAAACUUCUACCUCAUACUUCAUGGUACUUUUAUCAAUCCAAUAAUUAACUAUUGAUAUUUGUAAGUUAUUAGUUGUUUAAAUAUACGAGCAAUUUCAAGUGAUACUAUUUUCAUUUGUCAUUCAUGACGUUUACAUGUGUAUUCAUAAUUUAAAACAUGGUCGAUUAUUUCUCAAAUUCUAAUCUAAGAAUUUGUGAUAAAAAUGAUGAGAGAAAUGAUUUGAAAAAUUCUGUUAAUCCAUCAUUGAAAAAACAAGAUCAAAUUUUGUCUCCUGAGGAUGUAGCCUCUGAUGCUUUGACAAGGUGUUGUAAUAA